GCCUUUGUUCUUGAGUGGGCGGGGCUGUUCAGCAUCCCUGAUUGGUCAUUCGCUGCUGUCGAGUGAGUGACAGUUCCAUAAGGUGGUUGUUUACAACAUAGAGCAGCUUUUCACAGUAAGGUUGAGCAGUUCAGGCGGUGAAUAGAAGCCAGUGAUCAGCACUAUCACCAGGGACCCCCAGUCAUGAUGGGUAAUCAGAAGGUCCUGAUCAUUUGGGUGUGGAUGUUGCUGUUGGCGUCGUUGUAUCCUUGGGCGCACUGCAAGCGUGGAGGAGGUUUUGGUGGCAGGGGUAAGGGAGUGGGUCUGCCAGCCAGAGCACCUCCUUCUCAGAGCAAAGGCAGGCAGGGCCUGAAGCUGGCAGGUGCUGCAGCCGCGGGGGCUCUUGGUGGAGCGGCCAUUGGCUAUGGGCUGGGCUCUCUGGGCAGACCGAGGUAUGGCUACGGCUACGAUGGCUCCUCAGAGGACAGGCGCUAUUACCCUGAUGGACAGGGAUACUACAAUCGCUCGGACGGGCAGUAUUACAGGAACACAGGCAGCUCAGAGCAUGUGACCAGCGUCCUCAUAGUACUCGGAACAGUCACACACGUCUUUAUGUGGGGAUGAGUUACAGGGUUUGAGGCAAUUCUUGUCACAGACAAGAUCCAGAAAGCGUUUGUUUUGGAUGCAAUCAAUUUCAAUGAUAGAGUGUUUGAUGAAGAGGAAACUAACGUACACCAGCAAUAUACUUGGAGAAAUAUGAAAUUUGAGAAAGUUAUUACAUUAGACCACACACUACAGGUCAAAAGUUAAAAGUAAUCUUAAUAUAUAUAUUUAUUUAUUAUAUAUUAUAAUUCAAUUAAAUAAUUAAUUAUUCAUUAUAAUAAUAAUUGCCCCUUUCCUUUAAUGAUAAAUUACUGUUAAGAGAUUAUGUGUGAACAGGACCUUUUCAAAAAUACCGGUAAAUUCGUUCCAGCAAUUUACCAGUAAGGGAAGUUGUAACAUUACCAGUAAAUUACCAGAAUGAUGUUGCGUGUGAAUGCAGAAUGAAGAUUACAGGUAUGCACGUACGAGUUCAGAAUGCGCUGAUAUAAGAUGUCUACUCUGGGCCAAUCAUAACAUUCUGACAUAGAUGACACAUUUUACUCAACGCUGUCGCUGUGUAGUUCGGGGUUAAAGCUAGAAGGGAGACAGCUAUGGCUACUGGGCAUGCGCACAUCAAUAUAACGUAUUUUUUAUCACACUGUACAACAAUCAUUUUUACAUUAUUGUAAGGGGUAGCUUUAGGGUUGGGGUAGGUGUAGACGUUAAUAAAACAAUCUAAUAGGUAGAAAAUUACAUUUCAUUGUUAGUUUCCGGUCGGAGCUGUAUCCUUUCUAGUCACAACCAUAGUUCGGUUUGAAUUCGAAUGCGACGACUCUGGGCCAAAAGCACUGCAUGAAUGUGAAAGUUUGACAGAAAAAAACACUGACCACGUUUACCCAUCCAUGUUUACAAACACAACACUGAUAUGGGGCAGCUGUUUAGAAGUCAUUUCUGGUUAAUGAUCUCACAUAAUUUACCGGUAUUUUGAAACAGAUGUCUGAAUGGUGCUUUACCGGUAAAAAGAUGGAACGUCUUGCCUGUGUGAACAGCGCAUUUUUGUAGCUAUUUACGGUAAAAUCGUUCCAAGUUUUAUGGCAAAUCACUAGUAUUACUGUGUGAAAGGGGCUAAUGAUGUAUGGAAGUUUUGCAAUUUACCUAUAUAUUAUGCCUGGUUGAAGGUAAGGUAAAUUGGUAGAUUGAUUUGAUUAUCAAUUUUACUAUUUAACAUAUAUUCAAAUGUUUUAGCCAAAUGUGAUGAAUGUUAAAUUAUUUUUAAUUCAUGCUGUGUUGCUAAUGGCAGACAAUUCUGCAAUUAUAUGUCACUGUGGAUUUUAAUUUAGGAUUUUAAUUAUUUUAGUCAAAUGUCAUUCAAUACAAAUGAAACAGCUUUAAUUUAAGGGCUAAUAUUUGCAUUCUCUCAUAGACCUAAAAUGAUUUGAUGCAAACUCUUUUAGCUGAAAUGUCGUGGGAUGGACAUAAUGAAAAAUAACAGAAGUGCUUCUGCUGUUCCUUUCAUUCCGGUGAUGUCAUUUAAUACUCUUCUGUUGGUUUCAGGGUUUGAUGUGUAUUUUGGCAGGCAUUUUAAAAACCUGUCAGUGUGUUCUCCUUGUACUGUUUUCAGAGUGUAAAUGAAUAAAUAAUUGACUGCU